UCUGCUCAAGUGAUACUACUAUUAUUGAUGAAAAAAAAAUAAAUAAAUUAGUAGUUGAAUAUAAAAAUAAAUAAAUAAUAAUUAAAAAUGUUGAAUUUUACACCACCAAAAAUGCCAGUAGCACCAAAAAUUCCAGACAGUGAAAGACGAGUAUUUUUAAAUGAUCCAACACUCGAUAAAAUUGCAGUACAUUUAAUUGGUAAUCAGGCUAGAUUUAGAGACAAUAUUAUAAUACCAAGAGGACCAAUUCCAGUUUACAUAAAAACAAAUCAAGAAAAACAAAUGGAAAUGGUUAUGGAAAGUUGUCUUUUUAAAAGUGUCAUGAGUUGUGUAAUGGGUUUUGGUCUUGGUGCAGCAUUUGGUUUAUUUACAUCAAGUGUUAAUCCAAAUGUUGCUGCUGUUGAAAAACAACAAACAGCUAGAGAAGUUUUUCGUGAAAUAAAAACAUCAACAUUAGCAUCAGCUAAAAGUUUUGCUGUUAUUGGCUGUGUAUUUUCUGGAAUUGAAUGUGUCAUAGAAUCUUAUCGUGGUCAGAGUGAUUGGAAAAAUGGUACAUAUGCUGGUGGAUUUACUGGAGGAAUCAUUGGCCUCAGAGCUGGUGUUAAAGCUGGUAUAAUUGGAGCUGCUGGUUUUGCUGCAUUUUCAACAGUAAUUGAUCAUUACAUGCAUGGCUAAUUACUCAGAUAACAUCAAGAAUAGUUUAUAAAAUUAAAAAAAAAAAAAUUAUAAUUGCUUGUAUAAAAAAAAAUCAAAGAGAACACA